GGGAGACAUAGUCCCUGAGCCUACAGAGAAGACCCUUCAUGUUCAACUUCUUGCUCUAAGACGGAAUUACCGUACAAGAGCUGACCACUUUGUCUAUGCGCAGGGCAGAGAACCCAUGGGCACCAAGAGCAACGUGACUGAGUUCGUGUUGUUCGGCCUUUUCCAGAGCAGGGAGAUGCAGCAUGUGUGUUUUGUAGUCUUCUCUCUCGUCCAUGUGCUCACUGUCCUGGGGAACCUUCUGGUCAUCAUCACCAUCAAUGCCAGCAAGACUCUGAAGGCCCCCAUGUACUUCUUCCUCAGCCACUUGUCUUUUGCCGACAUGUGCUAUCCAUCCGCUACCACCCCCAAGAUGAUCGCGGACACUUUCGUGGAGCGCAAGACCAUCUCCUUCAAUGGCUGCAUGAGCCAACUCUUCUCUGCACACUUCUUUGGUGGCACUGAGAUCUUCCUCCUCACAGCCAUGGCCUAUGACCGCUACGUGGCCAUCUGCAGGCCCCUGCACUACACAACCAUCAUGGAUCGGUGGAAGUGUGGCCUGCUGGCGGGGGCCUCGUGGGUGGCUGGCUUUCUGCAUUCCAUCCUGCAGACCCUUCUCACAGUCCAGCUGCCCUUUUGUGGACCUAAUGAGAUUGACAACUUCUUCUGUGAUGUCCAUCCCCUCCUGAAGCUGGCCUGUGCAGACACCUAUGUGGUGGGGCUCAUUGUGGUGGCCAACAGUGGCAUGAUUUCUUUAGUGUCCUUCAUCAUCCUUAUCAUCUCCUAUGUGGUCAUCUUAUUGAACCUGAGAAGCCGUUCCUCAGAGAGCCGUCACAAGGCUCUGUCCACAUGUGGCUCACAUAUCAUCACCGUCCUUCUGGUCCUUGUGCCCCCCAUGUUCAUGUACAUCCGUCCGUCCACCACCCUGGCUGCUGACAAGCUGGUCAUCCUCUUUAACAUUGUCAUGCCGCCUUUGCUGAACCCUCUGAUCUACACGCUGAGGAACAAUGAGGUGAAAAACGCCAUGAGGAAACUGUUCAGGGUCAAGGGGAGCUUGGGGGAGAAGUGACACCCCAAGAACCCUCUUGAGCCUGGCACUCGGGAGAUAUCCCAUCUUGUAGCAUCCAACACAGGCUUUGCCUCUCUAGUCUGAUGAUUGUAAUGACAACGGCCCUCCUGGCUCUUUUUGUAGUAAUAGUCCACCUGUUCCUGCAAUCCUUCAGUCAGUAAAUAUUUAUUGAGCAUCUGCAAGGAGUGAGGCACUGGUCAUAAUCUCUGCCCCCAAGAGGGUCACAGUCCAGGAGGCUCUUAGGGUGACAUUUAAAAGCUCAUUCAGGAAGCAUGUGAGAGCCUAUGGAUGAGGGGCCUUCUUCGAUGUUCAGGUUCCCAUUUAUACAGUGGGUAACAGCACCAGGUAAUUCCUUUACCUAGUGGUUAACAGUGCUUGAUGAAAUUCAUUUUCUUCUCUGUGAUGACCUUCAAGGCGCUUUAUUCCCAUUCCUUCAUUGCAUGCUCUCAGGAGGCAAAUGAAUAAAUAAAUGUAGCAAGAGGACAGGAUUUACCACAGUCACAUGGAAAGUCCUGAGUAAGGUGGAACUAAGACCCUGAGUCUGCUUUCACAGCUCUUACCACCUGGGACUCCUUGAAAAAGACUGCGUGUAUGGAUACCAAACAGGAUGGACCAGUUUUGAAGACCAAGGGAUGAUGGCAGUCUGGGAUGAUGGGGAGCAGAGCAGGGGAGAACAUGUUGUUGGCACUUCCCCCAGUAGUGCCCAGUCCUCCGACCAGCAGAACAGGGGCUCUUGUCUGCAUGAAUCUUCUUUGCUUUUCUCUCUCUGCUCUGGAGAGAGCUAAUUUGUGCAGGAUGGAAUUAGAUGUCCUGCUUAAUUAACCACCAUGGGUCAUUUAAUUCAGUUGGGUCUCAAUUUCCACACUUACAAAUGGAGACGGUAAUAGUACCAGUUUCAGAAGUUUGCAGGAGGAUCAUCUGUAGGACUUAGUAAAUUCCUAUAUCAAAGAAAAGUUGUUCAAAGGUGGCUGCUACCUCUGUUUCUUUGAAACAUCUUCUAUGCCUUUCUCUUUUCUUAUCCCUACUUCGCCCCUGUCCUUUCCUCUUAAAGCCCUUGUAGCUACCAGAUUGAUUAUUCAUUCGUCAAAUAUUUAUUAAUCACUUAGCCUGUGGUAAGUCUGUUCUUCCUCUCUCCCUCCCUCUUCCUUUCUUCCUCCCUCCUUCUUCCUUCCUUCCUUCCUCUCUCUUUCUUUUCCUUCAUCUAGUUUUGUGUUUAUUCAGUGCAGUCAAGCACCCAGCCCUUUCUCAGAGAGGUGGUUGAGCUGGGGGACAAAACACAUCAAGGUUGCUGAGGUGUCUGUGGAUGGGGAGAAACCUGGGGUGAGGUAAAGACGUACCUGGGACAUUGACCCCAAUCUCAGUGCUUAGCCCUGAACCCUCACUCCCUACAGGUUCUAGGUGGGGCUAGCACAGGUGUCCCUGGGAAGAGGUUUUGGACUUUCUGCCACUUCCAACCCCUUUUCUUCCUUCCUUCCUUCCUUCCUCCCUUCCUCCCUCCCUUCCUUCCUUCCUUCCUUCCUUCCAUACACUCUCAGCAUAUGGAUGUUCCUGGGCCAGGGAUUGAGUCUGAGUCCCAGCUGCCACUGGGCCAGGGCAUCAAACUCAUGCUCCCCAGUUACCUGAGCUGCUGCAUUCGGAAUCUUAACCCACUGAGCCGCGGCGGGAUCUCCUCCCUCUCUCUUUUCUUAAGGCAGGGCCAUAUUCCAAACUCUCCACCUGGCUGGGAAGGUGUGGGAAGGAAGGAUGGAGGGGGCCAGUGUCCAGGUCCAAAGCCAGGGCUCUGAUCCCUUUCCUGGGCAGGCGCUGGAGAUAUAGCAGAAAAGUAGAUAAAAAUCCUUGUGCUCAUGGAGCUUCUAUUUAACUGUGUAAUAAAAGCUGAAGCUCACAGAAACCCUCCAACGUGACAGACAUGAUUGUGUUUUUAGUGAGUCUAUGCCUCUUGACUUUGAACUUCUCAGUUUCGUUUUCUCCACCUUUGGGUGGGACAGGACGUAUAUAGCUGGCUGGAGUUGGGUGUUUCCUUUCCCCCAGGUAAGUUAGUCUCCGCUAAUACCCUAGCAGGUUAGGUUCUGGUUAACUAGCUCCUCUGAGGAGCCCACCCUGUUAAGAACAAAUGUUCUGGUGUAUUUUCAAAAGGGUCCUUUUCUGGCCCCUCCACUGCUUCUGGAAGCAUGAGGGGAUUUUUUUCUGACCUUUACUGUGGGAACUUUUGAAACUGGGAAGAACCCUGUGGGGCUCCUAGACCUGCAAGCCUUUCCCUGUCUCCUGUCACUUGUUAGGCUUCAGCCUCUGUGACCUUCCCUGAGUUCCAAAGGUCAGGCUCAAACAUUUGCUAAUGAGGGAAGGGAGGAGAUGCAAAGACAAGGGAGGAGCAGUCAAGAAACAAUAGUGCAGCCUUGGGGCAGGGUCCUUGUUCCACCCCAAGGAGUACACAGAACAUCCUCUGUGAGCUCUUUGCAGAACUAAAAACCCCCAACAGAAGAAAGAUGUUAAUUACCUGAUGAAGGAAAUCAACUUCACUCCGGAGAGAAGGUCACAGUUUGAUAACCACAAAACUUGUCAGGGGAUCCCCUGAGACCACAUUAAAGGAAUAGGGCUCUGCACACACCCUUAUCCUCAUCAGCAACCCCAUCCUUGAAGCACUGCUAAAAACUCCUUACCAAAUCCUCCUGGGGUGGGACACAGUUUUUGAAGACCUAACUUUUAUCUGGUAAAGCAAUAAAGCUAUUUUUUUCUCCUUCACCAAAAACUCUGAGAUUCAGUUCAGCAUCAGUGGGUGCACAGAAGCUGAAUUUUAGCACCACCUUGUCCAGCUUCUGCAGGCAAAUCUCACUAUAUUGUAGGGGGAUUCACUCCCUGGGUUCCCCUGGAGGUUUUAUCUCCAGGACUCCACACCGAGCCUCCAUCAAGUUGUCAGCUACAGUUCAGGUUUUCCUAUCCGGGCACUGAUUCCUGUGGUUGUUAACAACUUGUGGGUCUCUACGCUGGUAAAUUGCAUCUCCCUGUUUUUUUGUGCAUCUUCUCCCCAGUCUCUGGGGCAGUGUCCUCCCAUCUCUUAUGGAUCCAAGGAGCGUUGUUGACUUUUGUUCAUCUUUUUACUUGUUAGGCUAGAGUGGCAACUUCCAAGCUCCUUGUGUAUGAACGAAACUGGAAACUGUGUUCUAGGUGUUUUGAUUGUGUUGACCCUUUUUAUCCUUACAACAACCUCAUGAAGGAGGCAUAAUCAUCAGAAGUGUGAUCAGGGUUUUGUGAGGAUAGUGUUGCAGAAACCACAACAACCGUGGCAGUGGAAGGACACAAACGGCACUCGGAGAUAUGGAAAAGCAAGGUUUAUUCAGCACUGGUGCGGGCUCAGAGGAGUCACCUCCAGAGUCUGAGCACCAGGUCUUUGUUCUCAGCAAUGUUUAUACAUUACAAGGUCUCGAUUUUCCCAUGUAAGCAUGCCGGACCUCCCCCCUUCCCCAAGCAGACAGUGUUCCUCCCUAAGAAACUGAGCAAGCAAGGUUACAGAAGCUCAACUUACAAGCAAUGUUGGGUGCAUGAUUAGCAGGGCACACAGUUGCUGCAUUUUUACAAGAAGGGUGGUAUGAGGCAGAGCAUAGAUGAAAAGGCUUGCAGCUGCCUUUUUAGCCAAGGGGGCGGGGGGUUGUUCCUUAGUUAAAACUCAUUUCAGUAGUAGCAUUGAGAAAACUUUUUGUUCCUUCUGAUCCUGACAAUCACACAUGCACAUGUUUGUCUUGACUAUGAGAAUAAUAGCAAUAAAAUAUAUAUAGAUACUGC